AUGGGGAGUAUCACGAGAUCCGCAUACGUGAUGGGGCCUGCUGAGGCGACUGGUGAUCAACCCGUGCCUCUUCAGCUUUGCGGUCGCUUGCCUCGUCAUUUCAAUCAUCUUUACCAUCGCGACGAAGAAUUACGCGGGGAAAUUUACUUGUCAUUUUCGGAGCAAGAUGUUGUUCAUUUUUGGGCGCAGCCAUUACACAAGGAUCGCGGUCGAGCUCUACUCACACGAACUCAGCCAAGCCUCUCUCGUCGCCGAAUUCCAAGAAGAGCGCUU